GCCGGCGGGAGGAACGAACCAGAAACCACCUUUCGUAGGAGCGCCCUGAGCGCCAGAGCCCGAACCGGCCGCCGUCUCUAGAAAGUUCUCCCCCCACGUCCUUCGCGGCCGCCCGGCUCCUCCCAGCCCCUCCCUCCACGGCGGUGGGACCAAUCGCUCCCCCGGCCGCCCACGACCCACCUCCUGCGCCCUCCCGCGCCGGAGCAGAGGUGCGCGAGCCCCGGCCGGCCGCCCGCACAGCCGCGCACUGACUGGCGCCAGCCGCCCGAGGAACGGCACGAUGACCGCCGAGGAGACGAAGGCUGCAGAGAGCGGAGCGCAGUCGGCGCCGCUGCCCCUCGAGGGGGUGGACAUCAGUCCCAAGCAGGAUGAGGGCGUGCUUAAGGUCAUCAAGCGAGAGGGCACAGGCACGGAGAUGCCCAUGAUCGGGGACCGAGUCUCUGUCCACUACACGGGCUGGCUGCUUGAUGGCACCAAGUUUGACUCCAGCCUGGACCGCAAGGACAGAUUCUCCUUCGACCUGGGGAAAGGGGAGGUCAUCAAGGCUUGGGAUGUUGCUGUAGCGACCAUGAAGGUGGGGGAAGUGUGUCACAUCACCUGCAAGCCAGAAUACGCCUACGGCUCGGCGGGCAGCCCUCCCAAGAUCCCUCCCGACGCCACACUUGUGUUCGAGGUGGAGUUGUUUGAGUUCAAGGGAGAGGACCUGACGGAUGAAGAAGAUGGCGGAAUCAUCAGGAGAAUCCGGGCUCGGGGGGAAGGCCACGCCAAGCCCAACGACGGCGCCUUCGUGGAGGUCGCGCUGGAAGGGUACUACAAGGACCAGAUCUUUGACCGCCGGGAGCUCCGCUUUGAGGUCGGUGAGGGGGAGAGUGUGGAUCUGCCCUGUGGGCUGGAGAAAGCCAUUCAGCGCAUGGAAAAAGGAGAACAUUCCAUCGUGUAUCUCAAGCCCAGCUAUGCUUUUGGCAGUGUUGGGAAGGAGAAGUUCCAGAUCCCACCAAAUGCUGAGCUGAAGUAUGAAGUACAGCUCAAGAGUUUCGAGAAGGCCAAGGAGUCCUGGGAGAUGAGCUCAGAGGAGAAGCUGGAGCAGAGCACUGUCGUGAAGGAGCGGGGCACCAUGUACUUCAAGGAAGGCAAGUACAAGCAAGCUCUGCUGCAGUACAAGAAGAUUGUGUCCUGGCUGGAAUUCGAGUCGAGCUUCUCGAACGAGGACGCACAGAAGGCGCAGGCCCUUCGGCUGGCCUCCCACCUCAACCUGGCCAUGUGUCACCUGAAGCUGCAGGCCUUCUCGGCUGCCAUUGAAAACUGUAAUAAGGCCCUGGAACUGGACAGCAACAACGAGAAGGGCCUUUUCCGCCGGGGAGAGGCCCACCUGGCGGUGAACGACUUUGAUUUGGCACGGGCUGAUUUCCAGAAGCUCCUGCAGCUCUACCCCAGCAACAAAGCCGCCAAGGCCCAGCUGGCUGUCUGCCAGCAGCGGAUCCGCAAGCAGCUCGAACGGGAGAAGAAGCUCUACGCCAACAUGUUUGAGAGGCUGGCUGGGGAGGAGAGCAAGGCCAAGGCCACGGUCGCUGUGGGAGACCAGCCCGCCGCGGCCGCCGCCGCCGCCGACACGGAGAUGAAGGAGGAGCAGAAAGACGUGGCGGGGGGCCAGCCUCCCGUGGAGGCGGAAGCUUAGCCCCGCCCAGCCCUGCUCCCGGCUGCCUGCCCCCUCCUCCCUACCCUACUCCACCCUGUUAGUUUUGUAAAAACUGAAGAACUUUGAGUGAAUUAGACCUUUAUUUUUCUA